CAGAUUUUUUUUUUCUUUUUGUCUAUCCACUAUGCAGGCUGUAAGGUUCCUUUCAGUUAGAUAUUUAUUCAGUAUAAACAAAUGUUGCAUUGCAGCUUUCAACAGGCACAGCUGGAGACUGUAGGAAGACACAUGCCAAAGUGAGUCUCAAUCCCCUGAGACGCCUGCAAGAGGUAGAACACUGCAUGGCAAAGCAGCACUUGCCACAGGCACACCACUGGGUUCCUCUGGCAAGACUCUUCAGCAGCUUGCGGGGAAGAGUUUUAUCCCAGUCAGACAGCUGUGCCUCAAAGUAUCAGGUUUUGCGUAAGGCUAAGACAUCUAUCCAGAAGCUGGAGCAAACCUUGUGUUCUUUGCUGAAGAUGAAAGCGAGCUGCAGUCUGGAGGAUGGGAGCCCAUCCAGCUUGGAGGAAGUCAGGGAGGAAUAUGUCAGGAGGCAAUUCGGCAGUCAGAGCACUGCAUCAGCCUCAGAAGAUAUGAGUGAAAGUGACUCUGCCAUCUGGUAUUUGCUUCAAGAAUGUGAAAAACAAACACUGGAAGAAUAUGGGAAGCCAGAAUUGACCCAGGUUUCAGACACUUUAUCCCCAGAUCUAGUGGAAUUUGAACGAUACCUGUAUUUUUAUAAACACACAGUGGACCUGCUGAUAGAGCAUGGAAUUGUUUGCACUGGAGAUGUUCCUCUUCCUGAGGUCUCCACAGCUAUUUCCCAUCUCUGGCAAGAGCUUAAUGAAGAGAGCAGGGACAGCAUCUUGCAGUACUGUAGCCAGAGAGAUUUCCUCAUGGAUCCCAAGGCUGCUUGCCCAGAGCCUGCUUGCACUGAAGGUAGUGUGAGGGACAGCGGAGGUAACAGUGAGGAAGCCAGUGGUUCCUCAGUCUCCACACCAGAGGAAGUGAUGUUUGAAGAUGCAUUUGAUGUUGCUGCUGGUUUCCUUGACAGAAGCAAGGCUCAGGGAAUGUCCAGCCAGAGUUCAGCAUUUGCAAUCUGCUCUUCUGAAAAUCCAGAGGAUCACCAGAGACUCUAUCUACAGGUCACUGACUUCCUAAAACACCUCUUCUUCACUAAUACACAGUUUUGCCAGGUAAGCCUUGCCAAAGGAUUCCUUAUGGAAGGAGCAGUGUAUUUCAGAGCAAUGUAUUUCAGGAGAGAUGUUAGAAAGGGAUUAGUGCUUCAGAUCAUAUUGUCCAGAAUGACUCCAAAAAGAACUUGGCAUUCAUAAUUUUAGAUAUGUCAUUCCAAAAGGCCAGUAGGAUUGCCUUUGUAAGAGGUUAAGUGUGGGUGAACACUGAUUUGAAUAUUAUUCAAAAUGGCAAAUGAC